GUUUACCUGAGAUCUUGCAAUACAAAGUACCUGAGAUCUUGCAAUACAAAAGACCCAAGCCAUUAUUGGAGACACUAGGAAGUUCAUGGAAUUUUCAAUCAUCAGAAAAAUUGAAAGGAGUAUUACGGGAAGCAUUAAUAACACAUUAUGAAAAUUUUAUGCUUGGAAAAACUGAUAAAGGAUCAAUACCUGUUUAUAUGAUAUUAUCUGGUGCCGGAACUGGCAAGUCUCGAACAGCCACGGAAUUACAGGGGUUGGCAAUUGAAUGUACUGAUGAUCAACCUGAGUUGUGCAACAGACUAAAAGAAGCAUUAGUCUUCAACCUCUCAUUUGAAAAUGGCACAGCAUUUGACGUUGCUUUGGAAAAAGAUACUCAGGAAGCUAUAGGAAAACGAAUGUUAUUUCAGCUUAUAGAUGAUAUUAAUAGCUGGCAAACAUUUAUCAAAAAUUGUCCAAACGUUAUUCCAGAUCAAAUAUUUGACAAGAUUGCAGCUAGUUAUGGUAAAUCUACAAAGGAUUUGACAAUCUUCCUCACAAUAGAUGGCAUGCAAACAACCAUGGCAGAUGAAAACGACGGGAAGAACAAAGCAUCUAUGUUCUAUUCUAUGCUUACACAAUUGUCAAUUAUAGCCCGAUCUGGGUUAUUUGUUAUUUGUACUUGCACAGCAACCAUUCACGCGCCUUUUGAUCAAUUUCUUGCUGCUUCCCACCAAUUGCGCAUUUUUCUCCCAACAUGUUCUUUGGACCCACCGACGCGUCUGAAUAAUGGCCAAUGUUUGUCAGUUUUCUUGAAACAUCCAGUUAUUGAUAUGCUUGUUGAAGAUAUGGGCGGACAUGGACGGGCCCUAGAAUCACUGGAGAUGGCCCUUCAAGACAAGGAUUUGGAUCGAUGCAAUUUUGUGGAUAUUUUGCAUAAGAUUCGUAUUCAGUUGGAGAACAAUUAUAGUCUAUGGUUAUCAAAGGAUUACGCAGAUGACCUUAUCCCCCUCAUCCGUGUUAUUUUGACAGGUGAGGUGGUAUCCCUCAAUGGUAAUCUUCCUGGAACGAACACCAAGGUAGAGUCAUAUACCAGUCUGGGUUUGAUUAGAUUUGAAGGAAGUGGUGGCUUUGGUGGCUAUGGACGCCUAACUUGUCCAUACGUUUGGUUAUGGAUAGUCGCACAUAAUACCAAUGACCCUCUUCUCCGGGAAUGGAAUUUUUAUGAUGUCAAAGAAGUACAACAUAAGAAUGAUCCCACAGACUAUCCUGCAGGAGCGCAGUUUUGGCAGCAUUUCGAGGAAUUUGUUGCAAUUGUACGAGCUCUCAAAUCCAAAGUGUAUAAUCAAAGUGAUGUUGUUUCUCUGGAAACCAUUCAUAGAGGUGCAAACCAUAGCUUUGAUGAUUUAAAGAUUCUCAAUCGACAUUUACGUAUUGCAAGAGCGAUUCAUCAGGAGCAGACUGCAUCUACUUCAGUACGCUUAGUACAGUGUGAUAAGGAACAAGUUAAUGUGGCAAAUUGUGAACAUUGCAUAAUCAAUGGCUACAGCGCUUCAGCCGGAGAUAUUUUUUUAGGGAUAGAAUAUGCUAAUACAAAAACCGGAACUAACACAAAGGCACUUGAAGUUCACCAAUGCAAGUUGGUGAAGAAUAACGUAAGCCAAAAAUUAUAUGAAGCAGAGCGCGAGAAAUCAAUGAAUAGUAAUCGUAAGGAUGUAUUCAUAUUAUAUACUUGUGGAAAGGCCAACGUCUCUCCUCCAAGUGGCUGUGCCAUCGUUAGUCAAGAGAAUUGGAAUUCAUACUUUGGUCCUUUCGCCGGGCGAGCCUUUAAAUAUGCGGUCACAGGACCGGUUAAUGUAAAUACUGGCACCAUGUUUCAGCUUUCUGCUACUGAAGGAAUUGGUAAGACACGGGCAGGAAUGAUAAUAGAUGCACGAAGAAAGCGCCGCAGACCGUAUACUGAAAAGGAUAAGGAAGCCUUUAUGAAGGAUACUAAAAUACCUCGAACCGUUGUUCAUAGGCUUUCCUUUGAAUCUGUUGAUAAUACUGCUUUCAUGUCUGCUAACCCUGGCAUUGUUACUGAAAUCUGA